UGCACCUCCGCCUAUGCUUGGUAGCAACAGGCUUGGUGCCUUUUCAUCAUCGUCGAACCCCAUUCAACACCGCCAGACCUAUCAUGUCUGCAGGUGGACACGGCACAAACAUGAACGUGCUUCCAGCCAGCGCGUUGUCGUUCAUGAGAGUGGUGGGCAAGCUGAAGGAGCUCAAGAGGACCGGCUGGGUUCAUCGAGGAGUCUCUAAACCAGAGUCGGUGUCCGAUCACAUGUAUCGCAUGGCAAUGUGCUCCUUCCUCAUUACGGACCCGACAUUAGAUCAAUCGCGCGUUAUGAAACUGGCGAUGGUACACGAUCUUGCCGAAGCCCUGGCGGGAGACAUCGCGCCCUUCCAGAACGUCUCAAAGGAGGACAAGCGUCGCCUGGAGGAGGAAGGGCUAGACAAGAUAUGCGCAACCAUUGGCAGCGAUCCCAUCGCUCUAGAGAUAAAAAAGCUGUGGUAUGAGUACGAAGACUGCACGUCCGAGGAGGCGAGGGUGGUCAAGGACUUGGACAAGCUAGAGAUGAUUGUCCAGGCAGACGACUACGAGAAAGGUCAAGGACUCGACCUGGGCGAGUUUUUCGAGAGCACCGAAGGGUGCUUCACCACCCCCCAGGUACAGUCGUGGGACAAGGAGCUGAGGGAGCAAAGGGCUGCCCGUCGACAAGAAGCGAAACCAUCCAAUCAGCCACCAGCAACGACGUCAGAUUCGUGCACGGAAACCUCGGUCGAGAAGGGGGCAGAAAGAGGGGAUGCCGGCACUUGCGACCUUCGCCCAGACCCUUGAUUAGUGCACGGGUAGGCAUAUGGGUAGAGCGAUGCGAUAUUAAUCCCUGGGCGUCCCGCAAACGCGACACGGGGGAUAGGGGGUGUUUUUCGGUUGUAUUUGGACGUGAGCGAAAGAGCGAGUUCUUCUCGGAAGGCAGUCCAGUAGCACCAAGCGUGUUCAAGCCACAAUGCCCUCCCGACAACUACAACACGGCUGAGUCCACAAA